AUGCGUCUCCCGACUACCAGACGCUCUUCCCAACCCACGGCUCCCGAUUCCACCACCUUAGGCGUCCCUAACACCUCUCCCGCUCGGUCUUUCCUCGCCUCUCACAACUACGCCAUCGUGCCCCCUGCAUCACCGCUGCGAUCCAGCUCGAUUUCUCGUCGAUUAGUGCAGGCAACUAUGGACGCUGGUGUGGACAGGUUUCUUGGCUAG